CCCAGCCCAAGGCUCAAUUUUUCCCUCACUUUCGUCUUCUUCUUCCAGGAGCCGCACCCGGAGGCGAGCUAGUCAGCCAGCAGCCAUGGACUUGGAAUUGAACUUCGAAAUCAGCCGCACAGCAGAGUUCAUUCUAAAUAGGAACUUCACAAGAGUUGCUCUGCAGUUCCCAGAUGACUUGUUGAAACAUUCAACAAAAGUCGUUACUUGUCUAAGAAACAAGCUUGGGUCUGGUAAUAAAGUCGGGUUAUUCGUAAUGGCAGACACAACAUUUGGGAGUUGUUGUGUUGAUGAAGUGGGAGCUUCUCAUAUCGGUGCUGAUUGCGUUAUACAUUAUGGCCAUACCUGUCUCAGCCCAACCUCAACUCUUCCUGCAUUCUGUGUCUUUGGAAAGGCUUCAAUCAGCAUACCUCUUUGUGUCGAGAAGUUAUCAAGUUACUUUGGGACCAAUGGCAAACCUAUUGUGGUUCUUUAUGGGUUAGAGUAUGCACAUGCGAUAUCACAUAUCAAAGAGGCAAUGGUGGAAGCUAUGCCUAAGACCAAAUUGGAGCUCAUUUUUGCUGAUAUUAUGUGUUCCAUUAUUAAUCCAUUAGAAGAUCAUAGGAAGUCCGACGAACUUGGAUAUUUGGGCAGCUGUUCAUCUGUUAACAGUUUAGGUGCGGCAACUGGUACUAGGUGUAGUCUAGGAGGCUUGAUAUGGGAUCUACUAGAAGGACGGAGAAUGGAAGAUUACUUGCUUUUAUGGAUUGGGCCUGACAAUUCAGCUUUUUCCAAUGUUGUGCUGACAUUUAAUGGCUGUGAGAUAGUCAGAUAUGAUGCAACAGAGGAUCAAUUAGUGACAGAUGUUUCACAACAGAAAAGGAUCCUUAAGCGUAGAUAUUAUCUAGUGGAGAGAGCAAAAGAUGCUAAUAUGGUUGGGAUUUUAGUAGGAACUCUUGGUGUGGCUGGCUACCUUCACAUGAUUCGUCAGAUGAAGGAACUGAUCAUGCUUGCUGGGAAAAAGGCCUACACUCUUGUCAUGGGAAGACCGAACCCUGCCAAACUUGCUAAUUUUCCUGAAUGUGAUGUUUUCAUCUACGUCUCAUGUGCGCAAACUGCACUUUUGGAUAGCAAAGAGUUCUUAGCACCUGUUAUUACUCCAUUUGAAGCCAUGCUAGCUUUCAGCAGAGGAAGCCAGUGGACGGGAACAUAUAUAAUGGAAUUUCGAGAUUUAAUCAAUUCAUCUCAAUUGGAGGUAAGUAAGCAACCUGAAGAAGCACGGUUUUCGUUCCUUAAAGGCGGAUAUGUUGAAGAUUUUGAACUCCAAGAGAAUGGAGAUGGAGAUAAUGAUGGCACUCUUGCCUUAGCUAAUGUAACCGAGAAGGCUCUGCAAUUGCGUGACCGAGACCCUGAUUCUCUUGUCAAAGGAAUAGCUAAAUCGGGAGCUGAAUUUUUCGUUACACGAUCUUAUCAUGGUCUUGAAACACAAGCCAACAGCUCCUCACCGGAGCCAUAUUUAAUUGGAAGAAGUGGAAAGGCAUCAGGCUACAAAGAUGAGAGAAGUGAGCCUGAAACUUUGUAAGUUUUGAGAAAAAGUUGAGGAAAAAAGUUGGGGAUUGGAGAGCCGCAUCCGCAUUCAAUGUACUGAUAUCCUUGAACUGAGCAUGGCCAGAGUGCAAGGAGCAGCCAUCCCCAUACUAACAUUAGCUUAUUGGUUCAGAACUGGAAGCUCUUCCGUGGAGUUAUUGCAAUGGUUGGUUCAUAGAUCUAUCGGGUCCAAAGUUUAUUUUGUAGUACAGCAAUGCAAAAGCUGGUUGCUCUCCUGCAGCCUUGCAUUGUUCUUAUAACAUAAACAUAUAGGGUAUCUUUGGGUAGAAUAGAGUAAUUGAAUGAGAUUGUAAUUACAAUGAAUUGUAAUUUCUUUAACGUGUUUGGUUGACAAAGUGUAAUUGCAUUGAAAUUCCUUAUGUCAUAUUUGGUAGUAUAAAUUGUAAUUACAUAA